GAUGCGUACUGGAGUGCUGGUGCUGGUGCUGGUGUUAGCCUGGUGCUGUGUCUCAACACUACCUGACACCUCUGCUACACUCCCGUCUACACCUCAGAGACCAGCAUCGUCUACACUACUUGCUGAUCUUGUUCAAGAAAGACAGUUUGGCCCAUAUGAAAUGGCUGAAAUCUUGAGAACCUGCACACUAGCCACACCAAGAUGAAGAGACUUGGACCGCGCUCUUGAAGCUGGAGAGGUGCUGGUAAUGGAGCAAUGCCUGAUGGCGCUGGAACUGUCGUCAGAAAUGAGAGAUACAACUACAGUGACCUUCUCACCUCUGAGUAUAACGUCUCUCUUGUCUGUGUUGAUGCUGGGAACUUCUGGUAUCUCUUACCAGCAGAUAUAUACAGCUCUUGGUCUUCCACCUGGGAUUGACGAGGCAUCAAUCCAUAGUAACUUCAAGCAGUUGAUUGACUCUAUUAUUCAAUCCUCCCAGGGAGUUACACUUAAUAUAGCCAACGGUAUUUUCGUCAGGAAAGGAGUCCAUGUCUUGUAUGACUUUAGCAGGAGUGUCAGAGAGGUUUACGCCGCUCAGGUUCGUGUUUUGGACUUCGAGAAGAAUUCCGUGGCUGCCACGAACACCAUCAAUGACUGGGUGAAGAACAAGACUUCAGGUAUGAUUUCACAGCUCCUGGGCCAGCCUCUCAGCCCUCAGACAGAGUUUGUGGCAGUAAACACUCUCUUCUUUAACGGUAUCUGGGAGUUCCCUUUUAUACCUGACCUGACUAUUAAUGGACCUUUCCAAACAGGAAGUGAAAUAAUCCAGGUUCCCAUGAUGCGAGCAGCCAUGACCUUACGCUACAUAGACAUACCAGACCUUAAUGCCCACAUGGUUGAACUUCCGUAUGUGGGUGGUAAGUUUUCUAUGUAUAUAUUAAUGUCUCAUGGCCCGGUAAGUUCUAACUUACAGGAACUUGAACUUCGUAUAAGAGACGCAACUAGCCUCAAUAAUUACAUCAGAGAUAUGGUUGAAACUUCAGUCAGUGUAAGUCUACCAAGAAUGCGUCUCAGCUAUAAGCUUAGCCUCAAAGAAGUUCUCAAAGCUUUGCGUGUCAGCUCUAUCUUCGACAACGUUAAAGCUGACUUCGGAAGACUGACAGCCUCUGAACACGUCUGGGUCGACGACGUGAUCCACGAAACUGUGGUGGAAGUGACGGAAGUCGGCACCAAGGCUGCUUCUGCAACAUCAGUGUCUAUCAACCGUGUUGCAAGUGCAGUGACCUUCAUGGUCAACAGACCUGCUAUGUUGUUUAUUCGUGACUUACCCUCUGGCCUGCCUCUUUUCUGGUGCAGACUGGUCAAACCUGAACCACUGGCAUGAACCACUGACAUGAACCACUGACAUGAACCACUGACAUGUACCACCGACAUGUACCACUGACAUGUACCACCGACAUGUACCACCGACAUGUACCACCGACAUGUACCACCGACAUGCACCACUGACAUGUUCCACUGACAUGUACCACUGACAUGUACCACUGACAUGUCUCACUGACAUGUACCACCGACAUGUACCACCGACAUGCACCACUGACAUGUACCACUGGCAUGAACCACUGACAUGAACCACUGACAUGAACCACUGACAUGUACCACUAACAUGUACCACUGACAUGUACCACUGACAUGUUCCACUGACAUGUACCACUGACAUGUACCACUGACAUGUACCACUGACAUAUACCACUGACAUGUACCACCGACAUGCACCACUGACAUGUACCACUGACAUGCACCACUGACAUGUACCACUGACAUGUACUACUGACAUGUACCACUGACAUGUACCACUGACAUGUACCACUGACAUAUACCACUGACAUGUACUACUGACAUGUACCACUGACAUGUACCACUGACAUGUACCACUGACAUGUACCACUGACAUGUACCACUGACAUAUACCACUGACAUGUACCACUGACAUGUACCACUGACAUGUACCACUGACAUGUACCACUGACAUGUACCACUGACAUAUACCACUGACAUGUACCACUGACAUAUUCCACUGACAUGUACCACUGACAUGUACCACUGACAUGUACCACUGACAUGUUCCACUGACAUGUACCACUGACAUGUACCACUGACAUGUACCACUGACAUAUACCACUGACAUGUACCACCGACAUGCACCACUGACAUGUACCACUGACAUGCACCACUGACAUGUACCACUGACAUGUACUACUGACAUGUACCACUGACAUGUACCACUGACAUGUACCACUGACAUAUACCACUGACAUGUACUACUGACAUGUACCACUGACAUGUACCACUGACAUGUACCACUGACAUGUACCACUGACAUGUACCACUGACAUAUACCACUGACAUGUACCACUGACAUGUACCACUGACAUGUACCACUGACAUGUACCACUGACAUGUACCACUGACAUAUACCACUGACAUGUACCACUGACAUAUACCACUGACAUGUACCACUGACAUGUACCACUGACAUGUACCACUGACAUAAACCAGACAUCAUAGCAGAUGUUGACUGCUACAUGUGUCUUGAAGGUACAGGAAGGAGGGAGGGACCUUGAUGCCAGGAAGGGUUCUUGAUCCAAGGAGUCAGAGUUAUCCUCCACUUCCUCAUUAUCUUCCGGAACUUGCCACUUCGUCCUGCCUCUACACUUCAUUCUGUAUACUGGUUGACAUCUUUGUUAGUAUAUCUGUAUUGUACAAAUUUGUAAGUGUAUACACAUUGUGUAUGUGUAUUAUACACACUGGUAUGUGUACUAUACACAUAGUGUACUCAGAGUAGUGUGUUGAAUCUAUCUGGACAUUGUUGCCUGAUAUUUCUAAUAAUUCUUUGCUUUUUUAAAUAAUUUUCAAGCAUUUUUUAAGGAAAUUCCUCUUGUUUUUACAUUAAAAAUACAACGUUAGAACAAAGAAAGGCCAUUGUUAUUGUUGUUACUUUAUAGGACCAUGAGAGCCGUGCACCGUAUAAACUCUCCUCCUCAGCAUAUCUCUGUCUAGCGAGCUUAUAUAUCACUGUUCAACCUGCCCCUGGCACGGCAGUUUGGGCAGCAAUGUUGCAGCCCACUUUACACUUUGCAAUACACUGUGGCAAGGCACAUAUAAGAUAUAUAUAACACAAAAUGUACGGUAUAGUGUGACGGUCUUGGAUCAGGAAGGCCCUAUAAAGCAGAACUAACGGGCUUAAGCUCCAGUGUUAGAAUAACAACUGACUGUUUUAUGAGACGCUUUGGUGAAUCUCAAUGUUUAUGUUUUACUGAAAUAAAAAAAUCAAUUAAUUUG